AUGGCCAACAACGCUGUCGCAAAACAUCCCGGUGUCUGCGAUCCGGAAAGACAGCCACUAUUAGCGGGUAAUAGCAAAGACGCUGUCGUAAAGGAUCUCGAUGCCGGCGAUCUGGAGACGCAGCACAUUCCAGCGGGUCACGCCAAAUUUAAACGUCUGGGAUGGAAGCGUCUUACUGUUAUUGCGAUCGUUGAGGCGAUCGCGUUAGGCAGCCUUGGGCUGCCAUCUGCCUUUGCGGCGCUUGGUAUGGUCGCAGGUGUCAUUCUGACCGUGGUCAUUGGCUUGGGUGCGAUGUAUGCAGGCUACAUAGUCGGUCAAGUUAAACUCAUGUAUCCUGAGGUUGCACACUAUGCAGAUGUUGGACCGCUUAUUAUGGGCAGGUGGGGAUCAAAGAUAUUUAUCGGUAGCUUUGUUUCUCUGCUCGUUUGUGCGAUUGGGUCGCAUACUUUGACAGGCGCGAUUGCGCUUAGGACGAUCACGCAGAGUGAUAUGUGUUCGGUGAUUUUUAGCGUUCUUGCUGCUGUCAUUAUGAUGCUUCUCGCCGUGCCGCCAUCAUUUGCAGAAAUUGCCAUUCUGGGAUAUAUUGAUUUCGCUUCGAUUGUCUUGGCUAUUGGUGUCACUAUGGUUGCUACUGGGAUCCAGAGCUCGGGGUCUUCGGAUUGGUCUGCGUGGCCGAAGUCGGAUACCUCUUUUAUCUCGGCUAUCAACGCAUGCAACAUAAUUGUCUUUUCAUAUUCUUAUGCAGGUUGUUUGCCCUCUUUCAUGGAGGAUAUGCAUACCCCCAAAGAUUACACAAAAGCUAUGUGGUGGCUGGGUGGAGUCCAAAUUGUUAUUUACACUCUCACUGGGUCGAUUAUCUAUGCCUUUGUCGGGCAGAGUGUGCAAUCGCCAGCCCUGCUGUCGGCAGGACCUCUCCUUUCAAGGAUUACUUUCGGCAUCGCUCUUCCAGUCAUCUUCAUUUCCGGCUCUAUCAACACUACAGUGGUCUGCAGAUACAUAUAUGGAAAAGUUUAUCAGAAGGAACCAGAAGGCUGGGGCUCAUGGCUUAGUCUUGUUCUCUCUAUAACGGGAAUUGCGUGGGCAAUUGCUGAGGCCAUUCCCAUAUUCUCGAGCUUGUUAUCGAUCAUAUCAGCAUUAUUCAUCAGUGGGCUGAGCUUCUAUCUACCGCCUGUGAUGUUUUAUAUGCUCCUGAUGAAAGGCGCAUGGUAUGAAAAACAUAACUUGAAGCCAGUCCUAUACAACGCCAUGGUGUUUGUGGUUGGUAUGGUUAUCUUUUUCUGCGGUGGAUAUGCGAGUAUCGCUGAUUUGGUUUAUAAAUUCCAAUCAGGAUCGAUUGGCACGCCUUUCACCUGCUCAGCCUAG